AUAUGUCUUCUAUGUUUUAACUCAAAAUAGAAAGAUUCUUACGUAAAUAAAUAAUAAUAAUAGAAAAAAAAGAAAGAUAAUGUGGAAGCUGAAGAUAGCAGAUAAAGGAAAGGAUCCAAACAUUUACAGCACAAAUGAGUUCGUCGGAAGACAAAUAUGGGAGUUCGACGCCGACGCCGGCACCGCCGAGGAGCGAGCGGAGGUUGAAGCCGCCCGCUUCAACUUCUACAACCACCGCUAUCAGGUCAAGCCUUCUAGCGAUCUCCUUUGGCGGAUGCAGUUUUUGAGAGAAAAAAGUUUCAAACAAACAAUUCCUCCUGUUAAUAUUGAGGAUGGUGAGACAAUCACUUAUGAGAAGGCAACAUGUGCACUAAGAAGGACAGUCCACUUCUUUUCAGCCUUACAAGCUAGUGAUGGGCAUUGGCCAGCAGACAAUAGUGGCCCAAUGUUCUUUUUACCCCCUUUUGUCAUGUGUUUAUACAUUAUAGGUCACCUUAAUACCAUUUUCACUAGUGAACAUCGUAAGGAAAUUUUUCGUUACAUACAUUAUCAUCAGAAUGAAGAUGGUGGAUGGGGAUUACACAUAGAGGGCCAUAGUACAAUGUUUGGUACAACUUUUAACUAUAUUUGUCUACGCAUACUUGGGGAAGAACCUAAUGAUGAUCAAGAUAAUGCUUGUGCAAGAGCAAGACAAUGGAUUCUUGAUCAUGGUAGUGUAACAAACAUACCAUCUUGGGGAAAGACUUGGCUUUCGAUGUUAGGGCUCUUUGAUUGGACCGGUUGCAACCCAAUGCCUCCAGAAUUUUGGAUUCUUCCUCCGUUUUCUCCUAUACAUCCAUCUAAAAUAUGGUGCUAUUGUCGAUUGGUUUACAUGCCUAUGUCAUAUUUGUAUGGAAAAAGAUUUGUUGGUCCUAUCACACCCCUUAUUCUACAAUUGAGGGAGGAACUUCAUGCUCAACCUUAUAAUAAAAUCAAUUGGAGGAGUGUGCGUCAUCAAUGUGCUAAGGAGGAUCUAUAUUAUCACCAUCAUUGGAUACAAGAUUUUGUGUGGGAUAGUCUCUACCUAACUAUGGAGCCUCUUUUAAGUCGAUGGCCUUUGAAUAAACUUAUAAGAGAAAAAGCUCUUCAAGAGACAAUGAAGCAUAUUCAUUAUGAAGAUGAGAAUAGUCGAUACAUUACAAUUGGAUGUGUAGAAAAGGUGUUAUGUAUGCUUGCUUGCUGGGUUGAAGAUCCAAAUGGAGAUUAUUUCAAAAGGCAUCUUGCAAGGAUCCCAGACUACAUAUGGGUUGCUGAAGAUGGAAUGAAGAUUCAAAGUUUUGGAAGCCAAUUGUGGGAUGCUAGUUUUGCCAUACAAGCUUUGCUUGCUAGUAACCUUGUUGAUGAAAUCGGACCAACUCUAGCCAGAGGUCAUGACUUCAUAAAGAAAUCUCAGGUUAAAGACAAUCCCUCAUGUGACUUCAAAAGUAUGUAUCGUCACAUUUCAAAAGGAUCAUGGACAUACUCUGAUCAAGAUCAUGGAUGGCAACUUUCUGAUUGUACUGCAGAAGGUUUAAAGUGUUGCUUAUUGAUGUCGAUGAUGUCACCAGAGAUUGUUGGAGAAUAUAUGGAAGUUGACAAAUUCUAUGAUUCUAUUAAUAUUUUACUUUCAUUACAGAGUAAAACUGGUGGUGUAUCAGCUUGGGAGCCUGCCAAAUCACCAUCUUGGUUGGAAAUGUUAAACCCUGUCGAAUUUCUCGAAGAAAUUGUUAUUGAGCACGAUUAUGUAGAAUGCACUUCUGCUGCAAUCCAAGCCUUAGUUCUAUUCAAGAAGCUAUAUCCAGGGCAUAGAGAACAAGAAAUCAACAUGUUCAUAUCCAGAGCUGUUCGGUAUCUUGAAAACACACAGACACAUGAUGGUUCAUGGUAUGGAAAUUGGGGGAUUUGCUUCAUAUAUGCUACAUGGUUUGCCCUGGGAGCACUGGCUGCAGCUAGCAAAACUUAUAACAACAGUCCAACUAUGCGGAAGGGAGUAGAAUUUCUACUCGAAACACAAACAGUUGAAGGUGGUUGGGGAGAGAGUUACCUCUCAUGUCCCAAAAAGGUAUAUGUAGCCCUUCCAGAAAACAAAUCAAACCUAGUACAUACUUCAUGGGCUAUGAUGGGCCUAAUUCUUGCUGGGCAAGCAGAAAGAGACCCAACGCCUCUUCAUCGUGCUGCAAAACUCAUUAUUAAUUCUCAAAUGGAAAAUGGUGAUUUUCCAGAGCAGGACAUAACUGGAGUUUUCAAGAUGAACUGUAUGCUGCAUUUUGCAUUAUAUAAAAAUACUUUUCCAUUAUGGGCACUUGCAGAAUACCGCAAUCGAGUUCCAUUGCCGCACAAGACUAAGUAAGAAGAGUUGAAACCAAUAUAUAAAGAGUUCAUAUAUAAAGCUCUUUUAGUAUUAAUAUAUAUAGGAUAUUACAGCUACAAACUUAAGAGAUUCUAUUAAGAAGUCUUUCUAAUUAUCUCCUUAAUUUAUAAUAAGUUUUCUUCGAAGAUUGUGUU